GAUGGUCGUGAAAGCCGCCCUGGCCAACAACACCCGUGUCUUCUCCCCCGUGACCCUGAGCCAGGAAUGGCCAACCCUCGGACGCCUGAUCUUCAUGGUUCUCUGCGCGACUCUCGGCACCAUCAUCAACGGCUUCUUUGUGGCUGCGUUCUUUGUCGAGAGGACUUUGAAACGUGUGGGGAACGUUUACCUCGCAUGUGUCGGCCUCUCUGAUCUUAUUAUAACAGGGAUAGUAAUGCCUGUUUCCGCCGUGGUUCUACUAUCUGGUGAAUGGGAUACUAUACCUGUGUGUAAAGGCUUACAAUUUCUAACGGAGACUUCUACGUACUGUUACAGUCUAUUUUUUACGCUCGUAGCCGCCGAAACGUAUUAUCGCCUGUGCCGCACCACUACUGAAUACGAAAUGUUCCUUUCCUUGCACGUGGGCGUCGUCUCCUGCCUGGUGGUGUUCUUCAGCGCCAUCAUCUCUGCAGUCGGGGUCUUCAUGAAGCUUGACUACGAUUACUGCGAACGACACUACACGGGCAGCUUCCUAUUCCGCGCCACCACCUUAGGUUUGCUCCAUGCUCUACCGUUCUUCAUGACUAUGUACGGACUGUUUAGCUCGGCCUUUUGUAUUUCCCGCCGUGCUCGCAUCCAGAACCACUACAGGCGCUCCCAACAGUACGAUCGCGAUUGCUCAACUACCAACCUGAAUAUCGUAGCCUAUUUAUUGUAUGUGGUUGCGUGGAUCCCAUACCUUGUCGUUGUGCACGAAUACUCUGAUAGCAGCGACUCCAGAUAUUAUCACGCUGUCUGGAUUGGAAUGAUGCGCUCGGUCACUACUAGCUUACUGUACAGUGGGAUCAACAGCAAUUUUAGGCGCGCGUUUGCUCAUCUAUUCUACUACUGCUGUUGCAAAAGCUCAUUGACGGAUACGUUUGCCAGCCGUCAUAGGAGGGCUCUUGAAUACAAACCUGCUACUGGCGAUGUGCGCGUUCAUAUCAUGCACCAGGCCGUCAGCAUGUGCAGCCCUCAGCGCACUUCCUACGCGACACGGGAGACGCAGGAAUUAUGAUCAGUCACGUGUGCAAACUGCAGGCAUGUCAACUACGUUGAUUAAAAUGACCUCGGCAUCGUUGCACUGGAACUAGGUUAUUAAGUAUAUAUUUUCAAGUAUAACUUAUGAAUAUGCUGAAUGUAUGUAUGUGCAAUUUUAGUUACAUUAAAAAUGUUUUUGAUGUCUCCUGUUUUAGAGUAAUGGGAAACUAAGGCACAUUUUUUUAUGCGUACAAUAUGUUUUAAGAUUUGGAAAGUAUGUGAUUUAGAAAAGGCUAUAAGGGUAUUUAGAUAUAUUGUAUUCGAAGAAGCGCCUUAUUGGUCUAGUGAGGCAUCAAGUUUGGGCAUAGUUCAAAAGUUUGUAUUUUCAAGCUUCUACUUUAUAUAUUUUUAUACAUAUUAUUAAUAUACAUAUAUAAUAUACAUUACAUUAUAUUCUAUUAUGGGCCUUC